GUCGGCGCCUUUGAUGCAUCGCUGACUUCGGAUCAUCAAUCAUUUCCCAGACGUCCUUGCAACAAAGAUGGAGAAAGUAGUAGACGAGUUCGGAAGAUUGUGGAAUUUUGUGAAAUAUCUCGGAAAUUCUUCAACGCACCUCUAUUAGAAGAGAUCGACCAUGCCCAACACCAUGAUGACGUGGCCCCCUGCGGAGGUUGACCUGUGGCUCUCCCUCCCCGACAGCAUCCUUCUACACGUCUUCUCCUUCUUAAACUCUAAAGAAGUCGCCAAGGCUGGCAUCACGUCCAAGAAAUGGCACCGUGUAUCGCAAGACGAUCUUCUGUGGAAGGAUCUGUUGUACUCGGAGUUUUCCGUGUCCAGAACGAUACCCAUGGCUCCGUUUAAAUCGUCCUGGUGGUCAGAGUUCCGCAGACUACAUUAUCUGUCGCCGGUGGCUCUGACAGAGACGCUGAAGGAACACACGGACCAGGUUUUACACGUCAGCUUCUCCCACAAUGGGAACAUGUUCGCUUCAAGCUCCAAGGACGGUUUUAUUAAGGUGUGGACGGUAUCCUGGCCAUGUCAGGUGAAGUACAGUGCAGACAUGAAGAAGCACAAGUGGAAGUACACCCAGUUCUCCCAGUUCAACAGUCUGGACACACUCCUGCUGGUGUCAGGGGUGCACUUUGGGCCACACAGCACCUCUGGGGAGAUCGCUGUCUUCUCUUUACAAGACGAGUUCAUGUUACAAGCGCGGGUGUUGAACAAGCCGUACGACAUUUUCGGCACGUGGCUGGAUGAUUCGUACCUGCUGUCAGGGAACCUGCACUGGCUGGGAGACUCCACAUGUUCUGUACUGUGGCUGAACAAGGCCACACAGGAGGUGGACUCAGAACAGGUGUCAGUUGUGAUGCGGCUCUUCAGAUUCCGUAAUUUCAACUCCAGCACGAUACGUAUGGUAACAGUUGCCGACUGCAGCCGUUUCCUUACCGAUGUGGCCUCGACAGCAAACACUCACAGGCCUGUGGGCCCCUGCCAGCCCAUAUCGGAGGAGGAGUCACCUGGUAUGAACACUGCGGCUAGCCAAUCAGAGGAAAGUGCAAUAACACAUCGGUGUGGAACCAGUGAUGGGGACAUGGGGACAGAAUGUACCUGUGGAGGGGGGGUGCUUAACACAGACUUUGGUGGUGACAGUAACACACAUAAAGGAAGCGGUGAUGGUACGGCUACUGAAAGCGAUACAGACAAUAAGGAUGACAGUGUCAUUCCACUCGCUAGAAAACAAUCAAAUGUUAACUUAGCUGCAAAUACUGCAAGCCAAGAACAAUCCCACAAUGCAAUGCAAGAUGAUGAUGAUACUCACGAUGGCAGUGAAAAUGUUGGGCCAAAUGUUUGGGAACAGUACCGCGAGCGAACAGUCGGAGUAGCUGGGCCUUCCCAUGAGGCAACUGCAGGGCCUUCCCAUGAUGCAUCUGCAGGGCCUUCCCAUGAGGCAACUGCAGGGCCUUCCCAUGAUUCAGCUGCAGGGCCUUCCCAACAUGCCAUGGGCCCUGACGACCUGUUCUAUAACUACUACUACGAUGAAGAGAGUGAUGAGAUGUGGGUGGAUUAUGACUACCUCCCUCAUCAGGAGCUCCUGCCGCGGGCUUCGUACUACCCAUCUCCGCAGAAGGAGAGUCCGACACAGAGAACGAAAGAAGGUGCGAGAAGUCAGAACAGCUUCUCUAGUGGUGCUAGCCACAGCGGGGAACACAGCGAGCUUCUGGCCUCGUACGAUAACAUCGAUGUGGCGUACAGAGAUCACGGCGGGCGACCGUCGGCAAGCGAUAAGUACCUCAUCUUCACAACAGGCAGUGAGACUUACACACCACACCAGAUAGGUAUAAAGAGGAUCCGCCCCCAGCAGAAGGUGAUGAAGGACCCUAAGACCCUGCUGCAGGAGAACGCGCUGCACGGCUUCCACGGGAUGGACGGACAGGACCUGGUGGAGUUCGACAGCGUGGAUCAGAUCAUCGAGCUUCACGGACACAUCAUCGGCAUGGGCCUGUCUCCUGACCACAGAUACCUGUUUGUAAACAGUCGUUCCUGGCCGGAGGGUUACACGAUACGAGAACCGUUAGAGCCUCCACCAAUCGCAGAGCAGAUAGAGAUGCACGUGUUCGACUUAACCACGAUGAGUCGCGUGGACAGAAUAUACACCAGCCACAAGGCAAAGACUCCCAACGACGAAUGUUUCUUCAUCUUCUUGGAUGUUGCCAACGAAUUUGUUGCAAGUGGAGCAGAAGACCACAACGGCUACAUCUGGGACCGCCAUUAUAACACGCUCCUGGCGAAACUUCCACACACGGAUGUUGUGAACUCCGUCGCCUUUAACCCCCAGGAUCCCGAGAUGCUCAUCACCGCGAGCGACGACUUCACGCUCAAAGUCUGGAGGUCGCGGCGAAAACAACACGAGCAUAAAGAACAGCAAGAUACUCCGCAAACACCAAACCAAUAGCAGUUCAGAAAGCAGGAAUUCUGCUACGUAUUUGCUGCAACCUGCAAAAUGCAAUAUUUUGGUCCUCUGCAUCACUUGUUGCAUCUCUGUUUGGCCAAAUAUUGUAAUCUUCAAGCAGAUCCUACUGUAGCAUAAGAUAGUAUCAAAAGCUGGCAGAGGAGUGAAGCUGGCUUAGGAGUGUGUAUGCAACUGGAGGAGACAGACCUCCUCUGGCUGGCUUUGAUACUAUCUUAUAUGCCAUCGGGAAUCUGCUUGGAGUUUACUAAAAUUGUACAUUUGUACUGAGGAGUCUGAGAUUACUAUACAUACUAGCAAACAGAAUUGACUUUACUGCUGAAAAUAUAAGUUUUCAAUAUAGUGGAAUAAAGAAAUGUUUUUGUUUUAAAGCUAGAAUACUUUUCUAAUGCUGAAAAACAGUAUUAUGUUACAGUGUUGUGUUGUUCAUGUUGACAGGGUCUUGUGUGUUGGAUAGAGAUUAAAGUGUUAUAAUCCUAGUUUGAGUUGAAUAUUGAGGGCUGUUUGUUAUAAAGGUGAAGGAAGCCAUUGGAUUGGGAGAGAAAAUAUUUCAUCAUUUGAGAUACAUGUACUUCUUACAAAUCAAUGCAAAUGUCUUAUGAAUGCUUCUGUAUUUCACAUUUCUCUGCUUCAGUCCUUAUUGUUAAGAAUGUUCAGGUUUUCCUGGUCUUAAUUUAAGCAAUUCUAUUUUUGCUUUUUGACCCUCUGUUCUCAUAGUAGAAACACAAAGUAAAAGGCCUUAGAACCAAAAUCUCAUAAUCUAGUAAACCAAAAUUUAAAAUAAAACAGACUCGUUGCACUUGAUUCUCUGUAAAUAUAAUUUGAUUUCAGAGCUAUCUCUUACUAGGGAUAUACAAAUUUUACUUCUGUAGAAAGUAGAUAUAUAAUUUGACCCACAACUCACUCUGAACAGAGAUCUAUGAAUGUACUACAGCCUGAGUUAUAUAUGUACCACUGCUAUGAAAUUGUUGCAGAUGUAUUACAUUGAUACAAAGAAACAGCAAGGAACUGGCCACUGUUUUUGUUAACCCUUUCUACUCUAGGGGUGCUUCAAGGUGUCAGAUUAGUACUGGAGUCUUGGGAACUUAGAGUGAGAGAGGUUAAAUGCAGUUGAAGGAAAAUAAAGAGUUUGUCAGUGGUAACCUUUUUGAUUUUGUUUUUAUUUGUUUCUCAAGACACCUUAGUGUAAUUUUAGACACUAAAUUUCACUUUAUUACAAAAUCAUUUUUUAUUAAUGCAAACGAAAUUAUUGUUUUUUUUUAUCCUUAUCUUUCCAUCAAUGGAAACAGCGGUUUGUUCCAAGCCCAUUUGUAUUUUAUGAGAUGUUUACUUAAUUGUUGAUUGAUCACAAUUUGUACAUUGAUGUAUAUGCACAAUGCUAAUCUCAAAGAAAUAAAACCUUCAAACAAUG